GCGGCAGAAAAUUCCAACACAAAUAGAGCCGUCUGUCUGGCCAGCUGCCAUUGCCCAUUCUGGCAGCCACAAGGGGGAGCCACACGCAACAACCUGGGAAUAUUUCAGGUAUUCCACACGGCACUUGAGGCAACUCAACUGGAGCUUCCUAACAUCUGCAAAACUUGAUGGAUAAUGAACUUGAGUUGUUCGAGAAGGACUUUGCAUCAAUCAAGCGCAUGGCACUGGCGGAAGUUGAAGGAAUCCCUUUAACGGGUGAUGUUGCCAAGAACUGGAAUUCUCUGUGGGGUUUUAAAGCCCGGCCUGAUGACCUUCUCAUUUCCACUUAUCCCAAAGCAGGGACUACCUGGAUCCAAGAAAUUGUGGACAUGAUCCAGCAUGGAGGAAACUCACAGAAAUGUGCACGGGCCCCCAUUUACGACCGGAUUCCCUUCAUAGACUUGUUUCCUCCAAAAUCCCUGACCUCGGGAGUGGAAAUGGCGGAAACAAUGCCCUCCCCGCGGACAAUCAAAACCCACCUGCCUGUCCAGCUCCUGCCACCUUCCUUUUGGGAGCAGAAUUGCAAGAUCAUUUAUGUGGCCAGGAAUGCCAAAGACAACGCCGUCUCUUAUUUCCACUUCCACCGCAUGAACCAAGGGUUGCCGGAGCCUGGAACCUGGGACCAGUUUUUUGAGAAUUUCCUUGCAGGAAAAGUCGCCUGGGGCUCUUGGUUUGACCACGUUCGUGGUUGGUGGGAGGCAAAGGACCGUCACCCCAUCCUCUACCUCUUCUAUGAAGAUAUGAAAGAAGACCCCGCCAGGGAAAUUAGCAAAGUAGCCCAAUUUCUGGGCAUACAACUUGCGGACACAGUUCUGAACCAGACUGUGCAACAUACAUUGUUUGAGAACAUGAAAACCAACUCAAUGGCUAAUUACAGCACGCUUCCUGCUUUCAUCAUGGACCAAGCUGUGUCUCCCUUUAUGAGAAAAGGUGCUGUGGGAGACUGGAAAGAACACUUGACAGUGGCUCAAAGUGAACGGCUGGAUGACCUCUGCAUGCAGAAACUGCAGGGCAGCGGCUUGACCUUCCGCACUCAGUUAGAAGCAUGACUCUGUGCUUCUCACCAAGAACACAUUUACCAAAAUGGGCAUGGAUUUUAAUAAAAUAAGCCUUGAAGCUA